AGUCAUGCGCUGGGCAAGAUGGCGGCUCGGUCCCCCCUCGUCUUGAAGGGAGUAAGCGAGUUUAAGGUGCAGUGGGACCCCGUCUGCUUACCGAGUGGAGGGAUGCGUCCGCUUCGUCCCGUCGUCUGAGCUUUAUAUCGUGCCACACUGACGGGGUGUCGGGAGUGAGUGAGAGACGACCGGCUAAGUUACCCCGUUUGACUGCACCCACCAAAGCUAAUCAUGAUGUCUAUGACCUUUGAAGCGUCGAGCACGGUGACGCUGCUGUUUGACUUCUGGGAUGUGCACGGACCUGCAGGGAUGGUGCUGUCUGUGUUUGUGGUCUUGCUUCUGACAGUCCUCUAUGAACUGCUCAAAGUGUGGAGGAUUUGGUUGGGGAAGAGCUCUCGGCCGCUCGCUCAUCAGCCUCCGUUCGUGAUCCCGCCUCCCUUCCCCUCACCUUAUUCGCCCUCUUCGGAGCACCGCAGGGACAGCAGGGCGGUGCUGCACAGCAGUCCCUCCGAGUCCUCGCUGGUUCCCAACGGACAGCCACCAGUCACCACAAACAGCUGGUUGCUCCAUGGUAUCCAGACACUCCUCCACAUACUACAAGUGACUCUGGGCUACAUGCUGAUGCUGUGCGUGAUGUCCUACAACACCUGGAUCUUCCUAGGGGUCAUCGUGGGCUCGGCACUGGGCUACUUCAUAGCUUUUCCUCUAGUGGGUCAGAUAUCGGCAAAGGUGUAGUAGAUGUGACCUCACCUACAUGUUGAAUGGGAGAACUACUCAGUCUGAUUACUCAUAUAUGUGUGUGUGUGUGUGUGUGUGUGUGUGUGUGUUUUUUUUUACUCAUUGGACAGUGUUACGGCUAUUUGUGAAAAAGAACAACAUAGCAGAUAAAUCGAGUAACCCGUUACAGUACACCGGGAGAACGCCUGGCGGCGUCUCGCAUGACAGGUGUAUAUUUCGUGACACAGAGUUAGCAGCGACAGAAUGUACAACACUAACAAAGUAAUGCUCAUUGGGAUAAAACAAGCAGAUGAGAGGUGUUACGACAUUUUUUCUAAUAAAAUAAUUUUGGUUGUUUAGCGUCCUGGUUGCCAGUACUGGUACGCAGCUGUUCAUGUUCACAAACGCUGACCGAAACGUCCUUGACCACAGGAUUCGCCGUGUUUUACUAGGCAGUUAUUUGCUUUUAAAGGGACUUACACGUUGUGUUUCCGGCAUGUAGUGUUUAGUGUGCAGUCUCACACCUUUGCUAACACAGAACCCUCACAUAUUGUUGACGUCCAGUGAGGUACUGAAAUUUGAAGUAACGCACGGGUGAAAAUGGAUUCAGACAUUUUGUCGAAUGACCAUAAAACAGCAGUAUUUGGAGUAAGGGACAUGGCCGAGCUUGAACAAAAUCCUGUAUGCAGCUCAACUCAUCACGCAUCACAGUAGUAUUGUGUAGUUUUAUGUUUCUACAUGUAAAUGCGGCAUAUUUUCUUUCGCAGAUUUCAGUUUUGUUUUUUUCUUUUUGCAUGGCAUUAUCUGGUUCAGUCACUUCAUUUAUGGCUAUGCUUCAUGACAUGGGGCAGAUUAGUUUCAUUCGUAAAGCGAAAACAUCUCCCUUUUGUAAAAGCAGAACUAUUUUGACACUACAACUGCCGUUUGGGUAGUCAUGCAAUUUACAAUGGACAAACAUUUGUGUUAUUGGCUAUGUAAAGACGUUGUGUCUGUAAAGUAGAAUUUUUUUACAUGAAAUUAUCAAAAUAUUUCUGGUUAGUUUUUCGUCAGUAGAUAUUAAACAUUAUCGAAUGAUGCAGAAUUACGCAGUGUGGAGUCAAGUAGAGCCGAGGUGAAGGAGGAACUGAGGCACAAGACCGGACGUCGCACCGUUGAAGAAACUGCGGUCCUGACAGCAUCGAAGCAUGUGAUUUUUCUCUCACAAGCUUUAUCUUGAUUGAGAAACGGAUCACUUGUUACCUUUCCAAAGCAUAUCAGGGGACAAAGGAAGUAGCUCACGUGGGUCUGUGGCAAUAAUGUACAUGCCGUAAAAUUACAGCGGCGGAAACUCUUGUCCCAGUGCCUUACCGUUGAUAUUUCAGUGCUGUUUUCUUUCGAAAUAUACCCUACUGUAGCUAUUCAAUGGGGGAGUAUUUUGACCUUUUGUACAUUUACCCGUUUUCAACAUGGGCAAAACAAAUGUGAAAGAAGAAUCUUAUUGUGGAUACAGUUGGGUCACUGUUUAUAUGAAUUUGUUCUUAUGAGUGGUUUUGGAUCACUAAACAAAACUAAAUUCUGCUGUAAUGUAAUUAUACUACAAAUAAAGACCAGUGUU